AUGUCGGUCCAGACCGUUUCCAUCCAGCCCUUCGGCGACCAGAAGCCCGGAACCUCCGGCCUGCGAAAAAAGGUCAAGAUCUUCCAGCAAGAGAACUACACCGAGUCCUUCGUCACCAGCAUCAUCCUCUCCAUCCCUGAGGGCGCUCAGGACGCUUUCCUCGUCAUCGGUGGCGAUGGCCGCUACUACAACUCCGACGUCAUCCAGAAAAUCGCCAAGAUCGGUGCCGCCUAUGGCGUGAAGAAGCUCAUUGUCGGCCAGAACGGCAUCCUCAGUACCCCUGCUGCCAGCAACCUCAUUCGCAAGAGGAAGGCCACCGGUGGUAUUCUCUUGACUGCUAGCCACAACCCUGGUGGUCCCGACAACGACUUCGGUAUCAAGUACAACCUCACCAACGGCGCGCCCGCCCCCGAGCAAGUCACCAACAAGAUCUACGAGGUCUCCAAGUCCCUCACCUCCUACAACUACAUUGACCUCCCCGAGGUCGACACCACCACAAUCGGCACCCGCAGCUAUGGCCCCCUCGAGGUCGAGGUCGUCCACUCCACCGAGGACUACGUCGCCAUGAUGAAGGAGAUCUUCGACUUCGACCUGAUCCGCAGCUUCCUCAAGAAGCACCCCGACUUCAAGGUCCUCUUCGACGGUAUGCACGGUGUCACCGGCCCCUACGGCGUUGACAUCUUCGUCAACGAGCUCGGCCUCCCCUCCGACAGCACAAUGAACUGCAUCCCCAAGCCCGACUUCGGCGGCGGCCACCCCGACCCUAACCUCGUGUACGCGCACGAGCUUGUCGAGGCCGUCGACAAGAACGGCAUCCACUUUGGCGCCGCCUCCGACGGCGACGGAGACCGCAACAUGAUCUACGGUGCCAACACCUUCGUCUCCCCCGGCGACUCUCUCGCCAUCAUCGCCCACCACGCCAAGCUCAUCCCUUGGUUCCAGAAGCACGGCGUCGACGGCCUCGCCCGCUCCAUGCCCACCUCCGGCGCCGUCGACCUCGUCGCCAAGGCCCAGGGCCUGCAGAGCUACGAGGUCCCCACAGGCUGGAAGUUCUUCUGCAACCUGUUCGACAACAAGAAGAUGUCCAUCUGCGGUGAGGAGUCCUUCGGUACUGGCUCCAACCACAUCCGUGAGAAGGACGGCGUCUGGGCCAUCGUCGCCUGGCUGAACAUCAUUGCCGGCGUCGCCGAGCAGAAGCCCAACGAGACUCCUUCCAUCGCCUCCAUCCAGGCCGAGUUCUGGGAGACCUACGGUCGCACCUUCUUCACCCGCUAUGACUACGAGAACGUCGAUUCCGAGGGCGCGAACAAGCUCAUCGCCGCCCUGAGCGAGAAGGCCGUCGACAACAAGGACUCUUUCGUCGGCAGCACCGUCUCCGGCCGCAAGGUCGUGGACUCCGGCAACUUCGCCUACACUGACCUCGACGGCAGCGUCGCCAAGAACCAGGGUCUAUACGCCAAGUUUGAUGACGGCAGCCGCCUUGUUGUUCGUCUGUCCGGUACCGGAAGCAGCGGCGCUACCAUCCGGUUGUACGUUGAGAAGUACGAGGGCGACAAGAGCAAGUACCAGAUGGAGACGCAGGAGUACCUGAAGGAUAACGUCGGGCUGGCCCUGGAGUUGCUGAAGUUCAAGGAGUUUGUUGGUCGUGAGGAGCCUGAUGUUAAGACUUAG